GGUAGCGCCUCGCGCGGGAGGCGGUGGUGAGCGGCGCAGCGGACCCGGGGCGCCGGCGCCUCAGCGCGGGGCCAUGAGGCAGCUGCCGUACUUCUGCCGCGGGGAGGUGGUGAAGGGCUUCGGCAGGGGCUCCAAGGAGCUGGGCAUCCCCACCGCUAACUUUUCUGAGCAAGUAGUUGAAAGCUUUCCAUCUGAUAUCCCUACUGGUAUAUACUAUGGAUGGGCCUGUGUUGGAAAUGGAGAUGUGCAUAAAAUGGUUUUGAGCAUAGGAUGGAAUCCCUUCUAUAAGAAUAUUAAGAAGUCAGUGGAAACACACAUUAUCCACACCUUCAAAGAAGACUUUUAUGGAGAAAUUCUUAGUAUAGUCAUAACUGGAUACAUUCGACCGGAAAAAAACUUUGAUUCCAUAGAUGCACUCAUUUUGGCAAUUCAGGAAGACAUUGAAGAAGCAAAAAGACAGCUAGAUCUACCAGAACAUCUUAAACUCAAAGAAGAUAACUUUUUUCAUCAGCCAGAAGGCAAAAUAGUAAACAGCCGCUGAGAAAACCCAUACAGCCUUUUUAAUUUUCUUUUUUUUUUUUCUAUAAUUUCUUUUUCUUAUUUUCUCCCCAGUCACUGAGCUUUUGUAUUUGCACUGCUCUCAUAGAUCCUUUUGUGUCAUAGGUCUGUUACGUGCCUGAGAUCAGAACCACCAUACAAGAUGAUUCCAGUUUCCUUUGGUUAAGCCAUCAUUAGAUGAGUUGUACAAAAGAACUAGAAGGGUGCACUACAUUGUUAUAGAUAAACUAUGUAUCAUGAAGUUACCAGGCCUUUGGACAUCUGAGCACAUUGAGAAUAUGACCAAAGUUAAUUGUAACGCAGAGGUCUAGUUAGCUCAUUCAAUGAAGAAUGUCUGUUUUUAACAUAAUGUUUUUACAGCUUCUUUUAUCAUUUUUUGUAUCAUUCUUAGAUCUGGGUUUUAGCUUAGAAAAUGUUGGUAUUGAUUGACUCAGAAAAUUCCUGUUGUUAGAUAUGAUUAGAUAACAAUAGCAAGAUUAAUUUUCUGUAGUUUUUUGUUUUUAUAUACUACACAGCUGUUGUGGUUGAAGCUGUUAAUUUAAUUGAAAUUAUUUAUUUUAAGUUUAUUUGAAAUGGAAGAAAUCGCUGUUGCUCAUUGUGUUGCUAGAAUCUGAGCUAUACUUUUUCACACUUGAAUGAACAUAUGAUAACACAUGAUUUGUGUAGUCUAAUUCUGAAGAGGUGUUUCACUUAAUUUCAAAAAAUGAACAAAAAUGUGAAAGCUGAUGAACUUUAAGGUUCAGGUGCAAAAGAUGCAGAAAACAAGACUUCUGCUCCUUGAACCUUAAAGGAAAAUGGGUAGUGAGACACUAAUUUGCAUUUUACAUGUUGCUGGUGUUUUUCAUUGGAAAGUCUUGAGUUUAUUCACUGUACUGGCAAUAAAAAGUCUGACUUCGAGGUUGGCAUUAUUGUAAGGCAUAGAAAAAUCUCAUCAACACUCUGCACUAUUUGCAGGUAAGAGCAAAGGUUUUGGCAGACCAAGUAGAUGAAUACACAAAUAAAAGCAUUUGGGGAUUUAUUGCAUAAUAUAUCAACACUAGAGUGAAUAUUGCUUUUUUUUUUACAAGUAGUUGCAAAUAGUCCUACUCUGAAAUGUGGGGAUACAUUUGGGGAUACAAGUGAGGGUUGGACAAGAUAAUCUCUGAAGGUCCCUUACAACCCUAAAUAUUCUCUGAUAGAUAAGUGGAAGGAGUACUGUGAGAGUUGAUGGUAAUUUGAAAAAUGAUUUACAAAGUAUGUAAUGUGUGAUUCAUUAUCUACUCUUCUUUUUCUCUGAUAAAUUUUUCUAUCCCUUGGUUAAUGGAAGCAGGUUAGUUACAGUGACUGUCACAUUCAUUAUUUUUUGACAUCACCCUGUUCGGUGAAAAAUGUGUCAGCUUUGAGAAUAUGUCUGGGACAUAUUCUGAAAUACAAAGUACUUCUUUAAAUGUGUCUCAGCUGUGAUUCUCUCUUAACUAUGAUGUUUAAUAUCGAACGCACAAUUUCUGUAGUGAAAUUUGAUGAAUUUGCUCCUCGUCCUGUCCUAUUCUAAUAUUACUUUUCACUGUAGAAUUUAAGAGAGUUUUAGCAAGGUAGCGGUUUGGGUCUUUGUGGCAGAUGCUGUCAAGAUGAUAGUUUCACUUCAUAUUGCUUUAAAUUCUACUCAGUAUCAUGGACUGUUACUAGGGAAGAGAUCUUGAGGAAAUCAAGGGCUCAUGUUUUCUCUUUAAGACUUCAGGAGAAAACUUGAUUUUGCUUAAAUGAAUUGUUUGCCAGUGCUGUUGAUAGCAGAGGCAGAUACAGGAUGUUUGGGAGGGACAUGGGAUGAUAUACUUUCUUUUAAAGGAGAAGAGAAAUAAUUUAGUGAGCUUUUUAUUAUGUAACUUGUUGGAAACUGUUUCAUUUCAAAUUUCUAAAAAGUCUGCAAAAGAAUUUUCUUUCCAAGAUUGAUGAUUGGGAUUUUAAAAAUGAGAUAUGAAAGGAGAAUUUUUUAUUGCUAAGAGUUUAUGCUUUCUUCAGUCUGUAGUAGCAUUAAAAUCAUAUAUUUUACUAAUCCUUUUAGAGAAUAAACAGAAGCCACACUGGUCAACAGAGUAUGUUGUCAACAAUAGAUUGUCUUGGUACUGUAGCUAAACACUCAUAGCUGCCUUUAAAAUUGAUUUUUGCCAGUAAUGGCUUGGGUCUGUUGUGGAAACUAGGGUGCCUUAAGCUGGUUCUGAACAAUACUUUUCUGUAUCUGCUAAUAAAUGCCACUAUCAAAAAUUCAAUUCACCAUCUGGUUAUAGAACUGCUGUGCUAUGGAUAGAGAACAGUAGCAAAGGGAAAACUUGAAAGACUUAGUUUGCUCUGAAAUCCAGGCUGAGGUAUGAUAUAUUGAUACACUGAACUAUAAAACUGCUCUUUAUGUGUUUGUCUUCAAAGAGAACAUGUUAGUAUAGCCAUUUGGCUUAGUGUACCUGACCAUAUUAUUUAAGAGAAAAUGUUGUACACCACUCUUUAAACUUAAUACAUAAUUCCUAUCACAGUAUAAACUUUAUGGAGGGUUAUAUUUUUGUAUUAUGCACAAGUAACUGUAUUUUGGUUGAUGUUGCACUGUACCAUUACUAAAGGAACUGUAAUUGACUAAGUUAUCCUUUUCGUCUUGGAUUUCCUUUCCUUUGCCACUCCUAGCAAUGUUAGUUGUCUCAGUUUUAGGCAAAGCUUUAAGGGGGUGACUGUCUUAUUUUGAACUUUUUAAUCUUCACAUGAUUUUGUGUUCCUCUUUGUUACUGAAGGUGCAAUGAAUAAAUCCCAAGUGGAUUCCAUAGAACUCUGUCAAAGUUACAGGGUGAUCAUGAGGUCUUCAGGAGUAUCUAACACAAAAAAAAAAAUCCACUAAAGAAUUAUGGCUUAAAAAUUAGUCCUUUUCACAAUUAAUUUCCUUUCUAGAAGUAAGUCUUAAAUGAUUAACAGCUCUAGAGCUGUUUAUUUUCAAAAAUGUGAAGGAACUAUUUUAAGGCUCAGUCUAUUCUCUUAGCCAUGUGACCAUACUGACAACAAAUAACAGCAUUUUCAUGCACUUUUGUGUAAAGACUUUGUUCUUCACAGCGGUGGGUUAUAAAGAGCAUCCUGUAUGCAGCAAUGCCAAAAAAUUGCUUUGUUGUGUCCAUUUCAGGUAAUUUACUCACUGAGUGCUAUUUAUUCCCUUUGGCGUAGUUUGAAAUUGUUGAACCACUUCAAAAGUGGAAAAUUUCUGUUGUAAAUGCUCUCUGCUUAUUUUAGUUCUCUGUAGCCUGAGAAGAUGGAAAAGAAGACAGAAGAAGUCCUUUUUGCCAGUGUACUUCUGGACUAUAUUCCACUUUGCAAUAAAUUCAAACUUGUGAUGAAACACUAUUUAAACCACUGGAAUUAGAUUGAUUAGGUGCCGAUGAUGUAUAGAAUAUUUCCAAUAUUCAUUCAGAUGAGGAAUACUGCAGAGGUAUUUGGUGAAAGAAGUCAUGUCGUAAAUGCAGUUCCAGUGAGAAACAUCCUACAAGAUGAUGAUGAAAAACAUCAGUUUUGAGGAACACAGAUGCACAAAAUGAUACCAACAAGUCUGGGUACAAAACUGGGUACUGCUGUAUUGUGAAUUGCUUUCCAGUGUUUUGCUGUCUACCAGUUCGAAGUCACCACAGCAAGGUGGGCAGCAGCCUUCUUCACUGUACAAUGGUAUGUGUUAUAUACAUAUGGUACAUACAACAUAUAUAUAUCUAUAUAUGGUAUAUACAACUAUACCUGGACACAAGAGAAGAACAAAAAUAAGAAUAUUAAAAGGUAACCUAUCCUUACAAGAAUAUUCUCCAUUGUUCACAUUGUGUUCAAUAGUUAAAAGUUCAGUGCAUAAAUCACAGGAGAAAAUGCUUCCAAAUGGUCACCUCUUAUCCUGGUAUCUCCUGGACUUUGUAUUCAUCUGAAAAACAGCCUGAGUUGCACAUUUCACCUAAUAAACAUCUAUAUGAACAAGGUAUGGGCUCUCUUUCCUAGAAAAACAGUUAAGGGAAUAUCACAACAACAAAAAAAGUCGUCUAACGUCCCUUCAAAUACACACUGAGCACCUUUGUCUUCACAAAGAAUCACAUGUGAGAUCUCCAGCAGAAGGUCAAUAUAAAAAAAAAAAAAAAAAGAAUCCUGAGCCUGCUCUUGAAACUGUGUACUACAAAGCAGAUUUUGUAGGUGUUUUAAAUCUGUGAAAAAGCUCUUUGUGAACUGCAAGGACUGUGAUGGACUUUUGCCUUUUUUGGUUUUCCUUGCUAUCAUUCUAUCAUCUGCCCUCAAGAGGGGUCCCAAAGAAUUUACAGAGUCCUGCCAGGGUUCUUCAUAUAAUGUACAUAACAGAAGAAAGAUGCAGACUGUCAGAACAAAUGUGGGACAUGAAACCCAGGUGAAAGUGCUGAGCCUCUGCAGACACCAGUAAAGUGUCUCAGCUGUCACAGCCUGUGCUGCAUAAUUGAGGGUCUGGAAGGAAGAGAGCAAUGGCAAAGGAGUUCAAGAGCGAUACAAUUCUCUUGGUCUAUAAGCUAUACUAAACAUUUAAAGUUUCUGUUUGAUAUGCUUCAUUGACUUUUGGUCUUUGUUCAAGGAAAUAAAUUGUUGCAAGACAUUUAUUGCGAAAAACUCUUCAUAGCCUUAACCAAUUAUGUUCAUAGGGCCAUUCUAUCGUCUAAGCUGAUUGCCCAGCUUUUUUUUUCUCAUGUCAGCUCCAGUUUCUCCUGGCAGCCACAGCUAAUUGUGGUGCAGUGGGGGAGCUUUAAGGGCAAGCAAACCAGUGUCUGCCUCUCACGGUGAGGUCAAAGGCAAAAGAAGAGGAGAUUGGGACACUCGGAACUUGAAGUCGGUUUCAGUCUGCAACAAGAGCAUUCAGGAGCUGGACUGCACCUCUCUGGGGCCACCCAGCGGUGGAGUCACAUCAAUGCAGUAGUGGAGCAAGAUGAGUCAGAAGAUGCUAGCUUAAGGAGGAGGAUGUAGUGCGGCGGGAAGGAAAAGCAGUAACUCAGAUCCCUGAGAUUGGAAACAGUCAUCUGAGUCACUGGGUACAGGUGCAGCAUGUUUACCGGAUGUUGGUGAGAAUGUCUGAUUGAAGAGCUACUGGCAAAUUUUUCUGAGAGGUAGAAAUCAGGAUUGGUAGAAAAGACUGAAGCUAGAACAAGUGUCUAGCAUAUGGGAACUCAACACUUCAUCCCCACUCUGUUAUGCUUUUUCUUUUCUGUUCCUCCUUUCUGAAUGAAUGGAAUAUUGUUCAGCUGAGCACACCAGCCAGUCAGGUAGUGGGGAUGAAAAAUAGUGGGUACGGAAGCACAGUAACUUGACCAAUUUCAAAGUCUCACUUUUUAGACAUAAUAGUGCAAAUACGAGAUUCAUGAAUCUUUAUAACCAGAGUAUUAGCAAAAUUAUCACUGACUACCCUCGGGGAAAAAAAAACCCAGUACUAUUCAGUGUGGUCUGUCUCACUAACUCAUCCUGCCAUCUGAACUCAAGGCAAGAGCAGGUUGAGGAUGUGACUCAUCCCCAGCCUCCAGGGGCUGCAGAGACCGCCCCAGUGCUCCAUUAUUCCUUGAAGAAAGCUUUGACUAGCCGCUCUAUGUAUUAGUUAAAUAUAUUGAUAUAGAUUAGUAGUACCACUAGCUCCACUAAUAUAGUGAAGAACUAGAGACAACAAAAAUUUUUUAAAAUGCCUUUUCCAUUUUCCUCUUAACUUUCAUCCUUCCUGGGAGAAUGAUUUUGUUCUGUUUUCCUUAGCUGUUUUCAAUGGAAGGAUGUGGAUUUCUUCCUGCACUGGCAAGGUCCUAAGAGUUUAGAUCACUUCUUUCUCUCACUGACAUACUGUCUGUGUUUGCUUUUUUUUUUUUUCUUUUUCUUGCUGAAGAUCCAUUUUUUCUACAGAGCAGAUUAAGAUAUGAUGAUGAUUGAUUGAUGACAUUGGCUCAAUGAGUCCAGUCUGUCUUAAUGUCCCUGGGAGUAGAGUGUAGUCCAAGUCCCUCUCAAGCUUCUACAUAUAUCUAGCUGUGUUAGCACAAACAUUUUUAGCUUGCUUAUACAUGUAACACUCAAAGUAACUUGCUGAUGACCUCUCAUCACUCGCAUGAGAUGCAGAAAAUCACUGUCACCAGAUUUUGAGAAACUAUUUUAUAACUUCAUAUUUUCAUGACUAUAUUGAAAAAAUCCUUACAGAGUAUCCUACUAGAUGCCAUCUCUAAGAAUAUAAGGAAUAUCCUAAGAAAGCUAGAUGUUUGAUCUUAAUUUUGUUGUUGAGUUGAGCAGUACUCGUAUUUUCCAUUCUUCUAUCCUCACUGCAGUGUAAAUCCUAAGAUUUUUUUUUUCUGUAAUUGUUGCCAAUCACCUGCAGAGGGGAACAUACGCAAGCAGGUUGUCUUA